GCUUUGGUAUCGGGGAGGGGGCAUAGGGCCAGACAGAACCUGUGGGACUUUGGCUCCAUCUCUACAAAAGGGCACUGUGAGUCAGCCUGCUCCCCUCAAGGCUUGCUCCUCCCCUACCCAGCUCCUAUUUCCGAUGCACGUACAGCCCGUCGUCCACACACCGUGUCCUGGGACACCCCAGACAGCUGCAUGGCUUCCCUGGGCCCCAGCCCCUGGGCCCCUUUGUUGACCCCAGCCCCUACUGUGCAGCUGCUACUGUUACUGCUGCUCCUGGUGUCUGCUCAUCCCCAGGACCUGUCCGGGAUGCAGGGGGAGCUCUCCUUGGGAGAGAGUUCAUCUGGGGAGGAUGAUCUGGGCGCAGAGGAGCUGCCCAGUGAAGAGGAUGCACCUGGAGAGGCGGGUCCACCGGAUCCACCCGGUGGGGAGGAUCCACCUGAAGUUAAUUCUAAAGCCAGAAAGGGGGAUUCCCUCAAGUUAGAGGAUAUACCGACUCUUGAGGCUCCUGAGGACAGUCAAGGUUCCCACGGGCAUGAAAAAGGCAGUGGCCACAGUCUUUGGAGUUACGGAGGCACCCUACUCUGGCCCCAGGUGUCCCCAGCUUGUGCUGGCCGCUUUCAGUCCCCUGUAGACAUCCGCCCGGAGCUCACCACAUUCUGCCGCACGCUGCAACCCCUGGAAUUACUGGGUUAUGAGCUUCAGCCUCUCCCGGAACUGAGCCUGUGCAACAAUGGCCACACGGUACAGCUGACUCUGCCGCCGGGGCUGAAGAUGGCUCUAGGACCUGGGCAAGAAUAUCGGGCCCUGCAGUUGCAUCUACAUUGGGGAACUUCAGAUCACCCAGGCUCAGAACACACAGUCAAUGGCCGCCGUUUCCCUGCUGAGAUCCAUGUGGUUCACCUCAGUACUGCUUUCUCAGAACUUCAUGAAGCCUUGGGUCGCCCAGGAGGCCUGGCGGUUUUGGCUGCCUUUCUGCAGGAGAGCCCAGAGGAAAACAGUGCCUAUGAACAGUUGCUGUCCCAUUUGGAAGAGAUCGCAGAGGAAGGCUCCAAGAUUGAGAUCCCAGGUUUGGAUGUAUCUGCACUGUUGCCCUCAGACCUCAGCCGCUACUACCGAUAUGAGGGAUCUCUGACCACGCCUCCCUGUAGCCAGGGGGUCAUCUGGACUGUGUUCAAUGAGACGGUGAAGCUCAGCGCUAAGCAGCUCCACACUCUCUCCGUUUCCCUGUGGGGACCUCAUGACUCUCGACUACAACUGAAUUUCCGAGCCACGCAACCCUUGAAUGGGCGAAUGAUUGAGGCUUCCUUCCCUGCUGCAGUGGACAACAUCCCUGAGCCAGUCCCUGUGAAUUCCUGCCUCGCUGCUGGUGACAUCCUAGCCUUGGUGUUUGGCCUUCUCUUUGCUGCCACCAGCAUUGCCUUCUUCCUACAGCUAAGGCGGCAGCACAGGCACAGAAGUGGGACCAAAGAUAGAGUCAGCUACAGCCCAGCAGAAAUGACGGAAACUGGAGCCUAAUAAGGGGGAACCAGCUAAAGGAAUCUGGAAACCUUGUCCUGUGCUGCCCAUUAUACAGCUUCUUUUUAACCACUACAUCUUUUUAACUUUCUUCUUUUUCUUAAAGUAUUGUGAUAGGAACUUAUAGUGAAAAAGCCAGACUGGACUCAAUUCUUGCUGGGUUUUGAUGGUUUUGAAGACAGGGUUUCUCUGUGCAGCCAUGGCUGUCCUGGAACUCACUCUGUAGCCCAGGCUGGCCUUGAACUCAGAGAUCUGAGUGCCUCUGCCUUCUUAGUGCUGGGAUAGAGAGUAUGUACCACUACCACCACCACCCCACAAUUCUUGCUCUUGCUAUACAGUCAAAUGCUCUACCACUGAGCUAUACACCCCUUGAUCUUACUAUAUAGCCCAGGCUAGCCUUGAACUGUGUGUGUAUGAUGAUGGAGUUUGAGUCCAAGGUCUUGUACUUACUAGACAAGUGUUCUAUCACUGGCCUAAGCUUCCAGCCCCUUCUCUUGAACUGUCUGUUCUCCUGUCCCAGUCUCUUGAAUGCUGGGAUUACAGGCAUGCGCCAUCAUGCCUGGCUUGUCCCAAUUAUUUAAAAAAAUAUAUAUAAAUCUUCCUAAUAAAACUCAUGUAUUCCUUUAUUCCUCAGAUCAAAAGAAUAUGUUAUAUUAAUUUCUUAUGGCUGCUGGGAAAACAAUACAACUUCCACAAGCUCAGGGGUGUCACGCUCCUGUAACUUUUACAGUCCCAGAGCUGGAAGUCUGGAUGAACUUUAUGGUUUGUCCAGGUGUGUGGGGGCUAAAUUCUCCCUGAUUUUUCCAAGUGGAACUCUUCCAUUUUAGAUGAGGCCUACAUUCCUCACUCCUGGCCCCUUCCCAGCAUUCCUUGCUCCUGACCCCUUCCUUACAUUGCUCCAAUUCCUUGCUUCCACUGUCACAUCUUCCCCUACUGCCUCUGACCUUACCCCCAUCCCCACAAUCUUUCCUUUCCUCUUUUGCCUUCUAGACAGCCUCACUCUGAAGCCCGGACUGGAUCACUCAGUCCUUCCGGUCUCAGCCUCCGAGGCGCUGGGAUUACAGUCUGCGCCAUCACACUUGGCUUUCCUGAUCUUUGAGGACCUUGUGAUUAUUCUGAGCCUGACCCGUUAACCUAAGCCUCUGUUUCAAAUUCUUUCCUCACCCAAAUAGCCCCUCUUUCUGGCUAACGUGGCAUUUCCCAGGAUUAGAAUAUGAA